AUGGCGUCUCGCAGCGAAAGUCAAGAAAGCGGUGUGAACGAAGAUUUGGACUCUGAAAAUAUCGUCAAGGCGGACGAACCUGUGGGUAACCUAUCUAAAUACUAUGCUCUACCUCCUGACUUUUCAGGAGCGCCUAAAAAGGGGCACUUGAUGUUCGAUGCUUGUUUUGAAAGUGGAAAUCUCGGCCGAGUUGACUACAUCACGGAAUUCGAAUACGAUUUGUUUAUUCGCCCGGACACCUGCAAUCCUCGCUUUCGCGUUUGGUUUAAUUUCACUGUUGAGAACACAGCACCUUAUCAGCGGGUCAUAUUCAAUGUUGUGAAUUUUAGCAAAACUAAAAGCUUAUAUCGCGAGGGAAUGACUCCUCUAGUCAAGUCUACCAGUCGGCCAAACUGGCAGAGAAUUCCUGCCAAAAAUUGCUUCUAUUAUCGCUGCCCCGACCACAGAAAAAACUAUGUACUCUCAUUUGCGUUUGCCUUCGAUAAUGACACAGAUGUUUAUCAAUUUGCUUACUGCUUCCCUUACACAUACUCUCGUCUGCAAACCUUCCUCGAGGGACUUGAUAAAAGGAACAUGGAGUGUUACAAAAGGGAACUACUUUGUUUGACUAUUCAGCAGCGCAGAGUUGAUUUACUGACAGUCACUUCCCCAGAAAACAUGAAAGAUGAUCUCAAAAAGAGGGUUAUUUUCAUCACAGCAAGGAUUCAUCCAGGUGAAACUCCAUCAUCCUAUGUCUGUCAAGGUGUAAUUGACUUCCUUGUCAGUAGUCAUCCAGUGGCAAAAGUCUUGAGAGAUUACCUGGUUUUUAAAAUAGUGCCCAUGUUAAACCCAGACGGUGUAGUCUUGGGUAACUACCGCUGCUCUCUGAUGGGGUUUGAUCUGAAUCGCCAUUGGCAGGAGCCCUCACCGUGGGCUCACCCUACCCUUGUAGCUUGUAAGAACCACUUAAUGCAGCUGGAUGAAGAUGAAAAUGUCCAUCUCGACUUUUAUAUCGAUAUUCACGCGCAUUCCACUAUGAUGAAUGGUUUCAUGUACGGGAAUAUCUACGACGAGGAGGAACGAUUCGAAAGGCAAGCUGUUUAUCCGAGACUUCUAUGCGCGAAUGCAGAAGACUUUUCCAUGUCUAAUACCUCAUUUAAUAAGGAUGCUGUGAAAGCUGGCACGGGGCGCCGUUUUCUCGGCAGCUGCUUAGACCCAAAGACUCAUUGCUACACGUUGGAAGUGUCGUUUUUCAGCUACAAUACGGCUGUUUCACAAGGAAUGUCGCCGUAUACCGAAGAAGGGUACUUCAAACUUGGCCGUAAUGUAGCGCGGACGUUCCUUGACUAUUACAAACUUAAUUCGCUAGUGGUACCCACGAAGAAAAAUGCAUUAAAAUCAUCUCAGAGAAAGGAUUCUAAUGGAGAUGGGAAACAGAGGAUGUCUGGCAGAAGUGACUACAGUGGUAAGCUGUAAUAAUAACUGUUAAACAAUGGACUUUUUAAAGCAAUUUAAAUAUCGUGUCAUGAACUGAGAGGAUGUUGGACCAAAAUAUGACCUUUGGUAGGACUCUGUAUUGUGACCCACAAUCAAGUCAGACCUCAGAUAGAGUUUUAGGGAAAAAAAUUGGAGUAGUUGUAGACUUAUAUUAUAUCACAAAUGCGGCAAGAGUAUAGUUGGAAUUUUUUUUUUUUUUCUUUUUUUGGAGCAAACAUUUUUCCCUUUCGUCGUCUUUUUGAUUUUUUAACAGCUAAGGAUUUUGCCAGGAUUAUAGUAUUCUGAGUUUUUUUGUUAAUGGCAAAGGUUAAGUGUAACCCGCUUGUCAGAACUCGUUAGACACGUUAGAAACACAUUUUGGAACUAUUUCCUCAAGCGUUGUUUUGCCUGUAAAUUUUUCUUUUUCUGCGGCGAUGACCCACCGUGAUUAUAUUUAUGUUACACCGCCACCGGAGAAAUUUAUGACUUAAAUAAAGGUAGUUUGUUUGUUUAAA